AUGAUGGUCGACUCAACAGUUAGGUAUGAACUUCUAAGCUUUAUGAAUGCCUUUUUUGGCUACAACCAGAUUCUGAUACACCCAACUGACCAAGAGAAAACUGCUUUCGUGACAGAGCAAGGGACAUUCUGCUACAAGGUUAUGUCGUUCGGGCUCAAGAAUGCUGGAGCAACAUAUCAACGGCUAGUGAAUUGUAUGUUCGUUGAUCAACUCGAAAAAUCCAUGGAAGUCUACAUCGACGACAUGCUGAAAGUUCAGAGGCUUACUGGAAGACUUGUAGCUCUUAACAGGUUCAUCUCUCGAUCUUCUGAUAAAUGCCAGAAAUUCUAUAGCAUAUUGAGGAAAAACAAAACUUUCGAAUGGACUCCAGCAUUUGAAGAAGCGCUUCAGCAACUCAAACAAUACUUAACUUUGCCUCCACUCUUGUCAAAAAUAAAAGAUGGGGAACAACUCUACAUGUACUGGCAGUAUCGGAGACGGUUGUCAGUGUAG